AUGGGAAAGUAUUUGGUUUGUCUUCUUUUUGUCCUACUUUCCUUUGAUUCUAUAAAUUCCGCAUUGACUCCUUUCUUCAGAAGAUUUAAUCUCCAAAUUGUAAAUCAGCUUGAGUUUCACAAGAAACUGAAAGUUCAGUGUGAGACUAAAAAUUUUGGUAUUCCAGUUACCUAUCUUAAUAUAAGCGAGAGUUUUCAAUAUAAAUUUAUAAUUAUACCAAAACUUUUGUUUCGGUGUAACUUAUGGCAGGGACCAAACUAUAAACAUCAUGUGUUCUUUGAAGCCUUUUUUCCGAGCCGAGAUUUUAUAUAUGGUACAUGCACUGGAAUGCACCCUAAUGUGUGUAUGUGGAUCGCAAAAGAACAAGGAGUAUAUGUACGCCACGGGAAAGAAUUAAGUGAGGAUUUCAAGUAUGGAUGGGAUACUCCAACAAAACAAAGAGAAUUCGCUCCAGUUGGUGCACUUACAAAUGAAUCGGAAUUUGAUUCAGAUAAAAUUCUGAAAACUAAUUAAAAUUUUAUGUUCAAUCUUGGUAUCGUUGUAUCAUGUCGAAGAGAAUAAUAAUAAAGUUUUAGAUU